AUGGCAUUUAAGUGCAUUCUCGUAGGAGAUCAUUGUGUUGGUAAAAAUAAGCUUGCUGCAAUUUGUUCAGGUAUAAUUCCUCCAGGAGAAAAUCCACCAGGUGCUGUUGAGGAUCAAAAAGUCUCUAUUAGUGUUGAUGGUAUUAAACAUACUAUUAAUAUAAUUUCUACUGAGGGGUCUGAAGACUAUGCAAAAUUAAGACCAUUGUCAUACCCAGAGACUGAUAUUUUUAUUGUUUUAUUUUCUAUUAUUAAUUAUAACUCAUACAGUCAUGUAGAAAAACUAUGGAAACCUGAAAUUAAAGAAUACUGUUCAGAUGCACCCAUCAUUCUUGUUGGCAGUUAUGCUGAAGUAAGAAAAAACCCUGAAAAACUUAACUCUUUAGCUGAACGAGGAAUUACUUUAAUUUCACAAGAACAAGGAGAGGUGAUGGCUAAAAGAAUUGGUGCAGUUCAGUACAUCGAGUGGAGUGAUUCAGACAAAGACGAUGUUGAUUUUAUUUUUGAAGAGGCUGUGCGGGCUUGUUUAAAAAAAUCUAAUGAGAAGAGUACAGAUGAUAAAAAGGAUAAAGAUAAAAGAUGUUGUAAUUUAUCUUAA